AUGCAAAAAUGCGACGAAGAGAAACCAACCUGCCGUCGGUGCAGAGACGACCAGUACAAGUGCGACGGAUACGCACCAAUACAGUCAAGGAAGAAGAAACCAGCUGCUCAGAGGGAUGUGCCUCCAAGCAGGCAAAUAACAAAGACAAAGACAAAGCCACACGAGUUGAGUCUGGCCCGCUACCAGUCCCGAGUUAUAUGCCUAGGCACCAGGGCUCAUCUCGAUCUCGAUACCCACGGGCCAGAUGGGAUAUUUCUCAAUCAUUUUCGAUCCAUUACCAUCAUCGAUUUUGUACGAGUCGCCAACCCCAAAGACUUCUGGUUCCGCAGGGUGUUACCAAUGUGUCAUGAGGACUCCGUCAUACGAAACGUCGUUGUGGCCCUCGGUGCAGCCCAUCGAAGCUAUCUCGACAAGCUCUCGCAACCGCAUCCACAAGGUGCGAACGCACCGAUGACCCAUUUCGAACGUGUUGCCAUCAACCUGUACAAUGAAGCCAUAAAGAAGGUGGUAAAUCUCGACGUUGAAGCAUCCAAAUCAGGGGAUAGCGAGGCCAGGUUCUUGAUCUGUUGCUUGCUUUUCGUCUGCCUUGAGUACAUGCUUGGUCGUUUUGACGAAGCAGUCCGUCAUAUAAAAGCUGGAUGUCGGCUCCUGGCGGCUUCAGACCUUUCAACUGCUCCAAAGGAUGUGCGGCAGCUGGUCCAAGAAACUGCAACCGUUUUGCUCCGCUUGAACGUCGAUGCGUCUAUUCCCCCGCAGGAACACGACAUACCGAACAUGACGUCGCAUGCCAAACCUCUCAUUGAGCUCGACGACCCCUCGAAACCUUUUACGAGUCUUGCGGAAGCCAAGGAUGCCAUGUGGGACCUAGACGUUAAGAUGGCAUAUAGCAGUCAUAGCCAGAACGACGAAAUCAGGCAGUCGUUGGAGAUGCUUGACUUUUUUGAUGACUGUGGCGUUGACGAAGAGUGGGACGAGCUUUCUGUCCCAUUCGGAAUCUGGAAAGCCAAAUUCAACUUGCUGAUCUCGUCCCUCGGUAACUUCAACGGCCUCCCGAUGGACGUUCAGCGGGAGAUCUUUGUUCUCACAGCUCAACGCUACAUGUGGGAUAUCAUACUUUAUCCUAUAGAUGACCCAAAGGACGAGGGACUACGAAGACUCUGCGAUGGUCAUAUUGACGUGAUUGAACAAACGUACCGCAUCGAGGCUGCGAGCUUAGCCCGGCCAGUGUUUACGUUGGACAGCGAUACCAUUCCUGCGAUGUUCCAUGCUGCUAGCUAUAGCAAGGAUCCGGUCCUGACACAGCGUGUCGUCGGUCUUUUACGCCAAUAUCGAAGACGGGAGGGCAUCUGGGAUAGUUGGGAAGUGGCCGACAUGCUUGAGAAAGAAAGCUACAUGAUCGAUUUUCCUGAAAAACGCAUACGGCCAAUAGCUGAUCCGAAAUCGGUAAUUGAAUCCUAUUGCUGGACAGUGGAAGACUCUCGAUCCGACAUCAGGCCUGAAUGA